GAGGUUAAGAAUGUUCCUGUCAGAAAGCGCCCAAAAAGAGCACGAUACAUGGGAUACAAUCUUUCGUUUUUUUAUGCCAUGCUUCAUCCUUGGGGGUGUUGCAUCAAAGCGUUUGGAGAGUGUUUUGCUGACGCGGACUAUUUUCUCGAAGUGUCGACGGGCAUGCCAGCUUAGAUUGCAGGUCGUCCACGUGUUUGAAAAACAUGGAUCUGGAUUGUCAGAAAAAUUCCGAUAAAAGCUUUGACACCGACGACGAGUACGCUAUGAUACGGCAGGUAAAAAUGGAACCAGAAAUGUUUUCGUCUACCGAGGAUGAGAUCAUGGCACAGCUACAGCAGGAAAGCUCCGACCUGGAGGUUGAGCCCAGUUUCGCAUUCGGGAACUCUUUAAAGGGGGAAGAUGACGACCUGACGCAACUUAUGGACAUCAGGGAGCCGUUGUCCACGUUGAAAAGCCUUCUGGAGCAAAGGUUUAGCGUAGAUUUAAAAAAUUACUCGUUCUGGUUGCAAAACACACAGAUGUUGGAGAGUCACAAGAAUUUAGUUGAUCAAUGUGUCCAAGGACAAGGACUGGUUCAGGUCAAGGUAGAAAUAAAUCCCAUGCAAAAACGUAUCAAUAUAAUAGAUGUUCUUAAGCCAGCGGAUGAAUAUAUCGAAGUUGAAGAAAAUAGUUCACCAUUGCCUGCUGCACAAGAAAAUAAACGAAAAGUUAUGAAAUGGAUAGUAGAUGCUCAAUAUAAAAGGGAUCAGGAGCGAUUAAAAAUACCAACUGAUCCAAGAGACUGGACAGAAACGCACGUGAAACAUUGGCUACAAUGGGCCGUUAGACAUUUUAACUUGGUGUCAUUACGCUUAGCUGACUGGAAUAUAACUGGAGCACAAUUAUGUAACCUCACAAUGCAAGAGUUUCAUGCAAAAGUGCCUCAUGAUCCAGGAGAUGUGUUUUGGACACAUUUCGAACUUCUUAGAAAAUGCAAAUUUGUUGCUAUUAUACAAAAAGAUACACUGGAUUCGACCGACGAUGGCGUUGUAGAGAAGUCCGUCAAAACACGAAAUCAGAAAAUUACAAAACCAAAAUCUACGAUAAACCAACAGAAUGCUCGCUUGAUAAAUGUGCCGUUAGAGAAUGUCGAUCCUACUUCCAUUACUAUUGCUAGUUCUAGUCGUACUGUUAAUAGUGGUCAGAUACAAUUAUGGCAAUUUUUGUUAGAGUUAUUAACGGACAAAGAGUAUAGAGAUGCAAUUCAGUGGGUAGGGACCGAAGGGGAAUUCAAACUUAAUCAGCCAGAGGCAGUAGCACAAUUGUGGGGAGCUCGUAAAAAUAAGCCGUCAAUGAAUUACGAGAAACUGAGCAGAGCACUUCGGUAUUAUUACGACGGCGACAUGAUUUCGAAAGUUCAUGGCAAACGGUUUGUGUAUAAAUUCGUUUGUGAUUUAAAACAAUUGUUGGGCUAUUCAGCUGCAGAGUUAAGUAAACUCGUUGAAGAAGGAAGAAGAUAUUUCUGAUGAAAUCAUAUCUCUAGACUUACUUCCAUUAAUAAAUUACUUUUUAUUAUAAAUAUCGCGUCUCGCCACAUUGACGUAAUUACUAUUUUAUUUAACAUGAUUAUUUCUAUAUGAAAUAUUGUAUAUAUGGAAAAAGUUCUACAACAUAGCACUAGUGUACAUUAUAAAAUCUCUUAUCACGGUACAAUCACUUCUGAAGUAGCCUUUUACAGAUUGAAUAUUAUACCGCAUUAUCUCUUCAGCUAUGAUAAGUUUUCUCUCACAUGUAUUUUUUCUAAAUGAAUUGAGUAGAUGAUAUAUAAAGUCAUGUAAGUAAAUCAUAAUAUGAAUUUACUGAAAUUCAUAUUAAUAAAUUCUGUAAAUUUUUACCGAAAUUUAUAUAAAUUCUAAUUCGUUUAUUAUCACAUCUUUUUUAGCAUACAUAUACGAGAGAUGUAGUAUAAUAUUCAAAAAAAUUUGAAAGUUAUUUAAUGUCUGUUCUAUAUAAGCAUGGGCGUAUCCAUGGGCGGGGAGGUGGUUUGGAAUGUUCAAAACUCCAAAAUUAAAAAAAAGUCAAAGUUAUGAUUUACUUAAUAUUUUUCUCAUUCAAAAUCAGAAACAAGGAGCUAUUCUAAGCUCUAAAAUAUCCAAAAAGCAAUCCAUUAACAAAAAUUUAUAUAUUAAUAAAAUUGAUAAUCCCUGUCGACAAAAAACUCUGAAUAUGUCCAUGUAUAUGAGACCAUGUAUAUUAUUAUUAUAUAUUUGCAUGUCCAAUACUUUUCGUAAUUGUCGUAAUCGUAUUUUCAUAAUCGUGAAUUGUACAUAUUUUCUUGUCCUUUUUUUAAGAGAAUACUUCAUUUUGGCUGACCAAAAGUUUAGAGCAAUGUAUAGUUCUCGUGCUAUGAUAUCGCUGUCGAUUUAAGGAGUCUGUACAUAAGAGAUAAAUAAUUGUAUAAUGCAAAAUUGUUGAAUAUAUUGGGAUAUAUUUC